AUGCGAUUUCUAGUGAGUCGGUUUGGUCUGACAUGUAUGCUGUGGCUCUCUGUCGCCUUGAACCUGUUUUAUGGGGUUAUUUUAUGGAAAACAUUUUAUUCAAUCACGAAAAUUGGAUCAGUGUCUAGUUCCAAGGUGGUUGCUUCGCAAAAUUCUAGUGGCCUGCCCGUACCGACAAUCUACAUUCUUACUGCAACAUACUAUCGUUUGGUUCAAUUUGCUGAAUUAACGCGUAUGUGUCACACGCUUUUGCACAUUAAAAACAUUCAUUGGAUUGUUAUAGAAGACGCCACUACUCCUUCAGCGGAACUUGAGGACUUUCUAAAUCGAUGUGGGGUAUCCUUUACAUUACUUGCUAUGAAGACACCUCCUGAACAGGUCCUCCCUCCUGGUCAACCUCGGUGGCGGUAUGCUCGCGGUGUUGUUCAACGCAAUCGUGGGCUCCAAUGGCUUCGUGAAAACUUUAAACUUGGAUCAAACGAAGGUGUGGUAUAUAUGGCUGAUGAUGACAACACGUAUUCCCUUCGCCUUUUUGAUGAGAUCCGCACGACGAAACGUGCCUCUACAUGGCCCGUAGCCUUCGUCGGUAGACUGAUCUGGGAGGGAUGUGUUACUCAACCGGAUCAACCUGAUGUUAUCUAUCGAAUGCAGACUGUCUUUAAGCCCUGGCGCGAGUUCCCGAUCGAUAUGGCUGGGUUCGCAGUCAAUCUUCGGUUGAUCCUCUCACAUCCUGAUGCAAAAUUUGUCGCUGAUCCCAAGCUCUACGGCAUGCUGGAAACAAACUUUUUGAAAAAGCUAGGUCUUCGGAAUUUCACUGAUCUUGAGCCUAAAGCUGAUGGCUGCAAACGUGUAUGCUUCUGUCCUUAA